CUCGGUAAGAUGUGAGUCUCGUUGUUAGCCUAAAAGUUGCACUCUUGAGUCUGGUUCUCAAACUACUCGUAUGAAGAAGCAAAAUGGUUCUAGUUCUUCCUCUCCAGCGAUAAAUGAGUGUUUGACAGGUCUCCAACAGCCAUAUUGAAAUCAAAUAAAAUUUUGUGAAAGCAGCAGUAUUUCUCUGAAUCUCCUCCCAUUUUCUACAUAAGCUAGGGUUUGAAUUGUUUGUAUCUGUGGAGGAUGGAGUGUGUCAUGGAGAAUCAAACUCCGAUUUCAACAGAAGAACCAAGUUCAUCAGCCGAAGUUAGAAAUUGGCUUGAAUUGCCUCCUGAUGUUCUGGCUCAUAUAUUUCUGAAACUAGGGGCAAUUGAUAUCUUGUUUAGGGCUCAAUCGGUGUGUUCUAUGUGGCGAAAAGUUUCCAAGGAGCCUCUGUUGUUUCGUUGUAUAGAUAUGAGGAAUAGGUGGGAUUUGUUUGAUGGUGGAUACUAUGAUAUGGAAAAGAUGGCAAGAGAAGCUGUAGAUAGGAGUUGUGGACAGUUGGUUGAAUUCUCUAUGGAACAUUUUGGUACUGAUGAUCUUGUAGAUUAUAUUGCUGAUAAGACUGGUUCCUUGAGGUGUCUUCGGCUUGUAUCUUGUUAUCAAGUUAGCGAUGAUGCGCUGAUUAACGUGGCCAAGAAAGCUGUCAUCCUGGAGGAACUUGAAGUAUGCCACUGUUCUUUCUCAGAGGAUAUGCUUAAAACUGUUGGGAAAGCAUGCCCUCAGCUAACAUCGUUCCGGCUCAAUUGUCGAGGCUUCAGGCGGACACGCUUAGAGAGUGAUGUUGAGGCACUAGCCAUUGCAGAGAACAUGCCUCAGCUGCGUCAUCUUCAUCUUUUCGGGAAUAAAUUGACUAAUGUGGGGUUGAGGGGAAUUCUUGAUGGCUGCCUGCAUCUUGAAUCGCUCGAUCUCCGUCAAUGCUUCAACCUUAAUCUAGAAGGGGACAUGCUGAAGAUCUGUAGGGAGAGGCUUAUAAAAGUAAAGCUCCCAAAUGACUCCACUGACGACUAUGAAUUUGAUGCUACAAUCGAGGAUGGAUCAUAUGGUGAAGAUUACCCCUCUGGAUUUUCUGACAUCGACUUUCUAUCUGAUGACGGAUAUUAUGAAUUCUCUGGAGGCAGUUGUAUCUCUGGAUUUAAUGAUGAUGAUGAUGGUGAUGAAGUUGAUGCAUUCGACUACUACAACAUCUGAUCAAUUACCGAGUAUUUUGGUGUCCUCUGACGAAAAGAUAGUUAUGUCUGUUUAGUUUAGACUUUCUCCUCUUCUCUUAGUGUAAUGGAUUCUGUUUGAAUUACUUUAUAUGACACACCUAAAACUUCCUUUCACUCUUCUUAUAAUUCUAUUACAUUGAUAUCUGUUCUCAAUUAUAUUGACAAAGAUA